GUUUAGCCAUUCUCAGGAUCGAGUCCUUUGCACUGCGCACCAGCAAGAGGAGGAAACUGCAGCUGUUACUUAAAACACGGUCUUUUGAUGACCUGCUUUGCCUUUGGACACUUGUAGACCAGAUUUUUUUGGUGCUUCAUUAGAGGGCGGGCGAGCCUGUGGACUCAAACUUGAAGAGAGAGCAAGACUCACCUGAACACAGUGGUGGAUAUCCUUCCUGCAACUGUUCAUUCCAACACAACAAAAACUAGUUCUUAUCACCACUACAUUUGCCAGCCGAUCACGAGAUCACGAGCAGGCUCCAGUUUCUGCGCUGUGAAAUUGAAUCAGAGGAACGGAGAGCCAAUACAGCAGAGGCAUUGUGUCCCUGCAAUUGAAACACUAACCAGCUGAAAAUAUCAAAGACCGUCUGGGACAAAGCUUUCCUCUCUUGUUGGUAUAAGAUCUGCUGUUGAAGUAGAAAGUGAUCAAAAGCCGCACAACACUCAAGAGAGGAGAGGGGAAGCAAAGGGGAUCAUACACGAGGGCAAAGGAUUGCGUGCAGGUGCCGGGGCUGCCAUGGUGCGUGGAGGUGGUGUGGCAGUAGCUCCCUCCUGCUGGGGCCUUUGGGCGUUUGGCACCCUGUCGCUGGUGGCGCUGUGCUUAUCGGACCAGGCCAUCCGCUGCCCGGUGUGCUCCGAGGAGAGGCUGGCCAGCUGCCAUCUGCCGGAAGGUUGCGAGGAGACGGUGCGGGAGCCCGGCUGCGGCUGCUGCCCCACCUGCGCCCUGCCUAAGGGGACUCACUGCGGCGUCUACUCUCCCCGAUGUGGCACGGGCCUCCGCUGCUACCCGCCGCGCGGCGUGGAGAGGCCACUGCACUCACUGAUGCACGGUCAGGGGGUGUGCACCGAUGAGAGAGAGGUGGAGGAGAACUCAGCGAUGGACAGGCAGGAUGAGAUCAUCCCUGAGCACCCAAACAACAGCAAUAUCCGAUGCAGCCCACAAGAUAAGCGCUGCAUACAGAAGACCCUGGCCCGACACCCUUCGAAAUCCACAAAUCAGAGAAGCAACACGGCCAGGGAGGAGACCAAGGCGGCGCUGGCUCCAUGUCGUGCUGAGCUACAGCGAGCGCUGGACAGACUGGCAUCAAACACCCGCACACAUGAUGAUCUCUUCACAAUCCCUAUACCCAACUGUGACAAGAACGGAGAUUUCCAUGCUAAACAGUGCCAUCCCGCACGUGAUGGUCAGCGGGGAAAGUGCUGGUGUGUGGACCAGAAGACGGGCAUGAGGCUGCCGGGGCCUCUGGAGCUGCGAGGGGAUCUAGACUGCCACCAGUUAAUGACUGCUACCCUGAGGGAUUGAGGAGUGAGGAGUAGCGGUGGGGGUGCAGGAGCAGCUGAAUUCUACUGGUGCUUAUUAGUAGAACUACAUGAGGAAAGGACUUUGCUCUAAAGCCUCGAUUCACCUGAGGCCAACGGUACUUGAGCUUGCGCAACAAAAAGGAAACCAUUGAAUUGAGUUCUUUUGCUAUUUUGUUUCUGUGUGUGAGAGUAUGUGAUCUUUUGAGCACUUGUUGUGUAUUGUUUCUACUAUGUGAACUUAAGGCAGAUAGUCUUAAGACACAUGCGCUUUAAAGUAACAGGUGGCCGAAAAAACCCCCUUCCACAGAUAACAGUUGUAGUUGUCUUUGUUAGAGAGCAAAUGUGUGGUUUUCUAUAGUCUAACUUUAGUGGAAUAGUCUUGAAAAGUAAGAACAUGCACCAGCCCCACCAGAAAAUCAGGCCUGAGAUACAAAAGGAGCUGUUAGCAUUUGUUUUCUUACUCCUGGAGCACUAGAUCAGUUGAAUUACAGCAGAAUUAUCAGAUCUGAUACCCAAGCUAAAUCAGAAUUACUGCAAAAGGACAAUCCAGAAAGAUUAGGAUUGCGUACUAGUUUUUCACACAAUGUGUGUAAUUGGUUGUAACGUAUGGCUCUGUCCUAUAUGUCAUUAACCCCACCCAUCUGGUAAGUCGGUUUAUAUAAACCAUAAAACAUGUUUGCAAAGGUGAAGUCUAGUUUAGUGACAACAAACAUAGUGGUAUCAAUAAAAGAUGGGAUGAGAACAACUGAUGAAAUUAAAAAAAUAAACAGGGGUAACAAAGAAUGUGCAACGAUCCUUGAGUUACCAAAUGAUAAGCCAUAGCUUUUCACAACAUCAAGACCUAAGUGAAAAGUCAGUUUAGUUUGUCAUUAUAAAAAAUGUAUCUGUGAAAGGCCAGAAUAGAUUUGCUUCAUCACCACAUGGUUAACUCUGCAUCCUCUUCUCUUUGCAACAGGCUCUUUCUAGCAUCGUGGUCCAGAAGGACUGGAAGCGUAGCUGGGCUAGAAACUCUGUACAAUACUGAUAGGAUAAUCUUAUUUUUCCAGCUGGUGCUAAGAUGCCAGUGUUACUCUCGUGUUUGUGUGAAUAUGCUUCAAGAUACAGGAUUUCUCUCCAAACAGACUGCUUGGCAGAACUUCGGUGGUGCUAUAUACUGUGCCAAAAAACACACAAAAAAAAUGGCUUCUGCACUUUUUGGGCAUUAUUUAGGAUUGGAACAGAAGACUGGGAUUUUCAGGAAGUGGAGCAAUUAGCAUCAGCAAGUGUGAGGAUCAUCUAAAUGUGGGACUAUCUGCACUAGCUAUUGAUAAAGGCUUUCCAUGUGUGUUUUCAAUGUUGUUGUUAACAUAUAAAAGUAUCACUGAAGCUAACUGGCUGAAUGUUCCACUGGCCAGUGUUGUAAAGCUCAAGUGUGAUGUGUUUUAAAAGCAGAGUGUAAUACAUUUCAAUGAUUAAGCUCCUGGCAUCAUAGCAGCUUUUACUUAACAUAAAGUUUUGAAUGGAGGACUCUGAGGUAGCAGUAAAGAUAGCGUAAUGAUUAUGUGGAAACCAGAAUGUCCUCGGUUAAUUUGACAAUGCUAGUUUUCAGUUUUCAUAUUGUCUUUAGAGAAUCAAGCUAAACAUUAAAGGAUUAUAUUACCAGCCUUAAGUGACAUGAGCUACUCAUCAAAUACUUUAGAUACUGGAGGCGAGGCUGGUAUUAUUCUUAAAGCUAUUUGAUUGUUCUGGUGUUGUGCAUUAGGAGUUCAGGGCAGAGUAUCAGGUUUAAGCUAAUGCUGGUGUUUGUCACCACCAGAUAUGGACAGCCUGCUCUAUCUGUUCCAUGGGAAACGCUGGUUAUUAUUGACUCAAGCAAAAAUUGAUGUUGUGCAGGUGGACAGUCAUUACAGGUGUUGGUGUCACUUGAGUUCACAUGAGGGACAAAGAUGGUCCGGAGGGAGAGUCAGGUCAUUCCCACACAGAACCACAUAAAUGUCAACCAAAUGACUGGUGUGUAGAUUAAAGUGCAGAAAUAUCAGAUAUGUAGCAAAAAGUCCAUAACGAGACAGACAGUCACAGCUACUGUCCCACAGUAGAUUUUGUUUCCACACUCUGAUUUUACCUCAACAUUAGCUGAGCUUUAAUUGGGACUGUUUGAGCACAACAUACUGAAGGGAAGUUCAUUCAUCUUCACACAGAAAAUUUGUGCCAUGAAAACUAUUAAUAUUACGCGUGUUUUGCACAUUUGUCCAUAAUAAAUUUGAUCGAGUCUUUUUUCUAAACAGCAGUAGUAUAUGCAUAUAUAGAAUCCGAGAAAAGUAAAAUGCGCUACAUUUGGUGCUUUUCUCGUUCAUUUAUUGUGGAAAGUAGUAAGACACUCACUUUCAGGUGUGCACAGCAGUUGCUCACCCCCAGUAAUUUUAACUCUAACUGGGGACAGCUGAUUUGUCCCCAGAAUUAAUCAGACAAUGUGGUCCCUUAUCAGAUUGAGGGUUUCUCUAAUGUUAUCUUCAGUGCAUCCUGAAGAUACCGAAGGGUGUGAGGGUCAAAUUCCGGAGAAUUAAAACAAUCUUUCUACUUUUUGUAUGUACACAGACAAACACAACAACAAGUGUUUUCGUGCACUUUUGCUACAAAACUCACAAAUGAAAUUAGUAUUAGAUUAUUAGAAUUACAAGACAUUUUCCAUAGAUUCACAUUAUGGUUAAUCAUAAUAAACCAUUCACGAAUAUGAUCAAAGCAAAACAAGUGUGAAAUAAAUUUUGUAGGUUUUUUCUUGUCUCUGUGUUGGCCUAGUUAUUCUGUCAUAUAUAAAGAUAUUCCACAGUUUUGGUCCCCAGUUAUGAACAACACUUCAUACUGCGAGGAUGUAGGAUACAUCUAAUCACUGGAGCCAAUGGUCAAUUGUAUUGUCACCUGAUGAACACUUUUACAUGUCACCACAGAAGGAAAUGUAUCCAAAGGUAGUUCAGCAAAACACAGACAGACGGACAUAUCGUAGAUCAUUGCUACAGCUUAAAAAGAUCAAAAACCAAAUAUCCUAAAAAAACGUUCCAAAGACUACAAGCACAGUAUCAGGAGACAGCAAUACUCAUUCAGUGAGCUGCGUGCACACAAACAAGUUCCAGCUAAAUCUUAUCAUACAUCAAUUAAUGAAGUGUUACUAAGCAAAUUUAAACACAUAUCUCUGUUCAAUAAUAGUAAUCUUUGAGAGAAAAGGCAAAUGGUUUUGUCUUUGAUUUUGUAAAGGCCUUCUAACUACAUAAACUGUGUAUUUAAGCUAUAGUAUGUUGCUUGAUCUCUAACUUUGCUGUACUGAACUUUAAUUGCAUUUCUUGAGAAUAGACUGUUCCUGUUGCCUUUGAUAUUAUCUAUUAAUGUGUAGAGGAUAUGAAAUAAUGUUGCAUGCGUACAAAUGGACUGGGGUUGGAAAUAGCUAUGGUCUUGUGUAUCUUGUCCAAAACAGGGCCGUUAUACUCAAACACUGAAGUGAUCAAAGAAUAUAUAGAGUUUCAAUUAAAUGAUCAGUUACAUUGUAAAUGUUUAUGUACACAUCAAUUAAAACACUUUAGGAACUACAA